CCCAGUCGGUUUCUGAUGGAUGUUGUGAGCACCCCACUUGAUGAUGUCAUCUCUGUCUUUGCUAUUUGUUCUUUCACUGGGAAAUCUUACACAGGAGAAGACGUUCUGCCUGGGUCCUUUGUGUCUGUCCGGAACCUGCAGCUGACUGUUCUGGUCCCAGGGCUCCCCCAGUUGACUUCUGCUGGAUGGCUGAUUUUCAUACAUCUGAGAUCCCACAAAAGUCACUAUGGAAACAAUGGUGGGAAAGGAGGGAAGAGCAAAGCUGCAGUGACACCGCACAGAAAUGCCAGGCUAGAAGCUGGCCUAGCCCUUCUGCGGCCCUUUGGAGAGGUGUAUGAGUUGGAAUUAGACACUCUGGAGACCACCUGUCAUGCCCUGGACCCCACCCCCUUGGCAAACUGCUCUGUGAGGCUGGUGGUCGAGCACGCGGUGGAGGGAGACUGUGACUUCCACGUGCUGAAACAAGACGGCCAGUACACCGUGACGCACGCCCAGUGUCAUUCCACCCCAGACUCCGCAGAGGAUGUGCGCAGUAUUUGCCCAAGGUGCCCGCUGCUGGCCCCACGCAACGACACCAGUGUGAUGCACACCGCCGAAGUCGCGCUGGCUGCCUUCAACGCGCAGAACAACGGGACUUAUUACAAACUGGUGGAAAUUUCCAGGGCUCAACGCGUGUCUGUCCCAGUUUCUACCCUUGUGGAAUUUGCAAUAGUUGCUACAGACUGUACUGCUAAAGCAGUCACGGAUCCAGGCAAAUGCAACCUGCUGGCGGAAAAGCAAUACGGCUUCUGCAAGGCAAGGCUCGUUCACAAACUUGGUGGGGAAGAGGUUGAUGUAUCCUGCAAGCUGUUCCAAACCCAGCCCCAGUCAGCCAGCGCCAGCACAGCAGCCACUGACACUGUUGUGGACCAUGCUGCACCUGCAGCCCCUGCAGCAGCCACUGACACUGUUGUGGACCAUGCUCCACCUGCAGCCCCUGCAGCCAACACUGUGGUGGCACCAGUUCCCCGAGGACCUCCGUUGCACGGAGCCCACUUCGACCUGCGCCAUGUCUUCUCACCUGUGGCCUCAGUGGAGUCAGCCUCAGGAGAAGCCUUCAAACUGCACCAGCCGGCCCAGCCUAGUGUUCCCGGGGCUGCUGGUGCUGCAGUGGUGCGCCUGUGCCCAGGGAGGGUCAGAUACUUCAAGAUCUAGGGUAGACACAGCUGGGUGAGAAGUUUUGGCACAGAGGACAGAGUCACUAUUGUGUCCAGGUCUGGACAUGGGGACGCCUUGUCCAAAGCAAAUGCCACAUCAUGGCUUUCAUUCCAGUACCUCUCUGUUCCUCAGAGAGUAGGAGCAGAGAUGACAGUUAUAUUUGAUGGAUGGCACAAACCAGACAUCACUGCCAUUGUUUUGAUGACAAACCACUGCUUUUGUUUUUCUACCUUCUGGCUAAUGUCAUUCAAAACAGCUAGAAUUGUGACUUUGAAAGGUGCUCUUGCCAAGAUUGUAUCUGCCUGUGAAUAAAAGUACCUGAGGGCUUUUCUGUAAAAAGAAGGUUCUAGGCCAAAAUGUGGUCAUGA